CCUUAUAAAAAAUAUGACCCGGAAACGGAAGUGAAACCCUGAGAAUCUGUUGUUGAACCUUAAUAUUCUCUGUUUUUCUUGAAUGAAAUAAUUUCUUUUUAUUCUAAUUAGAUUUGGUUCUUUGUUGGAAUUUCAGACAUCUAGCUAUAUAAAAUAUUUCCUGAAGUUCCCAGUCAUGGAUAGUGAGGUGUCGGACUUCGACCAGGGGCUGGGGGCGGAGAGCGGCAUGGAUGGAGAGAAUGGCGAGAACAGUGAGAAUGCCCCUGUCUACUGUGUCUGCCGAAAGCCAGACAUCAACUGCUUCAUGAUCGGUUGUGACAACUGUAAUGAGUGGUUUCACGGUAACUGCAUUAAUGUCACGGAGAAGAUGGCGAAGGCCAUUCGGGAGUGGUACUGCGAGAAGUGUCGGAGCAAAGAUGGCUCUUUGGAGAUCAAGUACCGUCCCAAGAAGAGCCGUGAGAAGGAGACCGACCAAGAGAGGAUGGAGAAGCAACGUGGUACACCAGAUUUCAAGACAGACAGGCGGCGUGGAUCUCGGAUCAAGCGCUCGGCCCGUAUGUGCGGUGAAUGUGAACCUUGCCGGCGCACAGAGGAUUGCGCGCAGUGCGACUUCUGCAAGGACAUGAAGAAGUUUGGGGGCCCCAACAAGAUCCGACAGAAGUGCCGUCUGAGGCAGUGUGAGGUCCGAGCCAGGAAAAUGCUGCGGGUUCGAGAUGAGGAGUUUCCCCUGAUGAAGGAGCAGGACUGCUCCCUGCCGAGAGAGCGUCACCUAUCAGAUGAUUAUGACGAACAGGAGCUAGAAUUGUACCAACAGUACCGGGCUGCAGGAUAUGAGGACCACAACAUGCCUUGGCUUAGUGAUGAGGAUGACGGACCUUUCCUCGAUCCCGUGCUGCGCAAGAGGGCUGUGAAGGUCAAACACGUGAAGCGGCGAGAGAAGAAGUCAGAGAAGAAGAAGGAGGAGUAUAAGUCCCGGCGCCACAAACAGAAGCAGAAACACAGGGACAGAGUGAAGCACAGCGAGAGGGGCGAGCCACGAGACAGCGGAGGCCUCCGCCAGUGCCUGGGGCCCGGCUGCGUAGAGGCUGCCAGGACCAACUCCAAGUACUGCUCCGAGGACUGCGGCAUGAAGCUGGCUGCCAACCGCAUCUACGAGAUCCUGCCGCAGCGCAUCCAGCAGUGGCAGCAGAGCCCCUGCAUCGCUGAGGAGCAGGGGAAGAAGCUGCUGGAGCGCAUCCGGCGCGAGCAGCAGUCAGCCCGCCUGCGCCUCACCGAGAUGGAGCGGCGCUUCCACGAGCUGGAGAGCAUCAUCGUCAAGGCCAAGCAGCAGGUGGUGCAGCAGGAUGAGGAGGUGAACGAGGGAGACAGCGACGACACGGACCUACAGAUCUUCUGCGUCUCCUGCAGCCACCCCAUAAACCCCAAGGUGGCGCUUCGCCAUAUGGAGAGAUGCUACGCCAAGUAUGAGAGCCAGACAUCUUUCGGAUCCAUGUAUCCAACGCGGAUUGAAGGCGCAACAAGGCUUUUCUGUGAUGUUUACAACCCUCAGAGCAAAACCUACUGCAAGCGACUGCAGGUCUUGUGCCCAGAACACUCGAGAGACCCCAAGGUGCCUGCCGAUGAGGUAUGCGGGUGUCCCCUCGUCCGCAAUGUUUUCGAACCCACUGGCGAGUUCUGCAGAGUGUCCAAGCGAAAGUGCAACAAGCACUACUGCUGGGAGAAGCUGAGGAGGGCCGAGGUGGACUUGGAGCGAGUUCGAGUGUGGUACAAGCUGGAUGAGCUCUUCGAGCAGGAGCGUAACGUAAGGACAGCCAUGACCAACCGGGCUGGACUCCUGGCUCUCAUGUUGCACCAGACCAUUCAGCACGACCCCCUCACAACUGACCUACGCAGCAACAAAGACAGAUAGUCCUCCACUAAGAAAGCUGGUUGGAAGAGACUGAUGCUGGGGAGGAACUUUUUUUUAUCCCAGAUUCACACUCUGUUUUGUGUCGCCUGUUAUCCUGACCAUUUACCUAAAUAUGUGCUGCUUUGACAUUAAUGAUUUUACUUUCAUAGAAAACAAGCUGGGAGAUCAGAAGUCAUUAAUUUUGCCAGUGAAAGAAUUAUAAUAAACUCCCAGCUGUUGCAUGUCUGUGAAUCAUUAUGUCACUGCAAAACACUGCCCAACAAUAAAUAAGGAGUUUUAAAGCUAUUGUCUUUUCUAUGACCGUUUGUGUCCAGUGCACUUUUUUUUUAAAGGAUAACUUUUGUAAUCAUAUUUUUCUCCCCAAUGUAUACUACAUUAAAGAGAAACAUUCAGGGUGCAAAAAUGGAUGUUUUGUAUAAGCAAUGUACUAUUUGGUAGACAUUUUGGAUUAUUUUAUUAUGUUUAAUUUCCUGGUUGAAAAGACAUGCUAUAAUGAAUAUAGGGGCCUUGCAGUAAUGCACAAACAUGCCAGUGAUGAUUUGUUAAGAGUCAAGGUUUUAAAGGAGAGCGUAUAUUCCCGGUUUUGUAUGGGCAAGUUUCAACAAACAGUAAACUAAGCAGCUUGGUUAAAAAUCCUUUGAAGGUCCUUUUUUUGUAUGUGUCCUGUAACAAAUAGGGGAAAAAAGAAAUGCAUUCUUUUGGGGUAGUGAGGAACUGGAGUGUGUAUGAGGUCUUCAAGCAAACCUGAGUCACUUUUUUUUGGUUAAACAGUGAUGGCAAAUGUAAUUUUGUGUUACUGUUUUAGGAUAUCUCUGAUAGCACAAGUGAAAGACUUUGCUUGUGCAUUUCUAACAACUCCGCUGAACAUAAAGUAACUUGGACUCCAAAAAUAAAUAGGAAUUAAUACACUUGCUCUCACCUGCAUAUGUCUCAUGGAGAACAAGAUGGGGCAGGUGAAAAGAGAAUUAAUAAAGUAUCACUAUUCUGUUCUAACCAGUGACCUGAGAAAAAAAUGCAGUAACAGAAGAAUCUUUCCGUAACUUAGAUGUUAAGUUGCAGCAGCAACUCAAUGCAAAGGAUCCAGGAUCUAGGUAAAGGAUCCCUUAGGAUUCCCAAAAUUGUUUAAAAGAAAAAAGAGAGAUUAAGUUUCAUCUAGCAACAACCGUUACACAACAUCUGAAGAGUGAAACUCACUGCGAAGAAUCUUUACAGUACCUGAGUUUGUGGAGAUCUCAUGUCAAUGGUAACAAGGUUAAAAUGACUAUGUUCCUGUGUUUUGUUCCCUUAGAUAACAAUACUGGGCUUCAUUAGCUUGUGAACACCGGCUUAGUUUUUGUUAGCAUGCUAAUGCUACUGCCUCUAAAGAUCCCUUUUUGGUUUAUGUUCAAUGUUUAUAACUGAUGCGACAACAAUGCAAGUAAUUUUAAGGCUUUUUGUGCAACAUGCGAGAGUCAUAAAUUUAUUUGGUUUUAAAAAUGCAACAUGGAACAAUAUCCUCAAGGCCAUUCUUAUCCUUUCAUGUUAAGUAAAGCAGCAGCUAUGUAUGACAGAACAUAAACUGUGAAUUUGGGACACUAUGUUUUCCUUUUUUUCCCCCAAGUGAAAACCUUCAUAACGUAACCAUUUAAGUAUCUACAAUGCAUCAGACAUUGUCAGUUGCUUUUUGUUUUUGCAUUAAUGAUUAGUAGUAUGAUUAGGAGCCACCUGUCUUUUCAAGCUCAUUUCAAAUUAAACAGACUUGCUUGGACACCUGCACAAAUUUUUGUGCUUAAUAUGCAUACGAUUUUAAAAGCAAAGAGUUUAUCAUUUUACAAUAUUUUCAUGGUUUUCAAUGGGUUGUUACCACCUGACAUGGAAACUGCAAAUCUAACCAUGAGUCAAUAUUUGACUUAGAUCUCAUUUUUUUAUUGUACCAUGAAGAUCACUUGGGGUCUUCUUUAUGAUGUAACAUUCAGCCCAUUGUUUUCUAAAAUAAAUUACUAGCUUUGCGAUACCAGA